AUGCUAGAAAUACAUUUCCGUGUCGAAGGAUUCAUUCAUAUUCACGCUCUCAUCGACAACGCUAUCACCGACCUCCAGAACCCCAUCCGCGCCCACCGUCGACGCGAAAGACUCGAACAGCGACAAGAGCGCGCAGCCGCAGCAGCACGGCAGUCCUCCUCUUCGUCUUCGUCGGGACGAUCCCGCCGCGGCGCAAAUCAAGCAGCGGAUCUUGCGAUUGGAAGGCAGCGGGAGUCGUCGCGGUGGUCGGAGUCGUCGGAGUCGUCGUCUGCGGCUUCUCGAGGAGGGGAAGAUGGGGGUGAUGGGGGUGAUGAUAGUGAUGAUAGUGAUGAUAGUGAUGAUAGUGAUGAUAGUGAUAAGGGAAAAGGAUGGGAUCAGCACCAGCACCAGCAGCAGCAGCGCCAAAGUGGUCGGGCGGAUGGCUCGCCGCGAGGGAGGCUUCGCGGAAGGAGACGACGGGAUAGGACGCCGUUAAGAGAAAGCUCGGUUUGGAUCUGGGGGGUCGCGGCGGCGGUGAUGGCGGUGGUGGGUUUGAAGGCGGCGGUGAUGGUAGGGAGGAUGUUAGGGACGGGGAUGGAGAUAGGGGACGAGGGGGUUGAUGAUGGAGGUAAUGGAGGACGAGGACGAGGAUGGGAUAGGAAGAUGGAUGAUCCCAACUCGAACCCUCUCACGUCUCGGCCAUAUGCAAACCAACACCCGUUUGCAAGCCAAUAUCGUCCUCAUCCUUUCUGCGCCGACUUUCUCCCGCCGUCUUAUUCCUCGUCCUUAUCCUCGUCCUCUUCCUCUUCCACAACAACAACAACAGCAGAAUACAUCCAAUCCCUCCAACAAAAACUCAAUACGCAAUUCAAUCUCAAUCUCACGUAUAAGAAUCUGAUUCCCUUCUUGGCAUCGGCAUCGACACCACCAUCAACAUCACCAUUCCUCCUUCUCACACUUAUCGACCUACUGCAAAACACUACAGCGGGAUUCGACGCUUGGAUCGAUACCCGUCUGCAGGAUCACUUGAGUCGCAGUCACAAAGGCACAAGCACAAGCGAGAGAGGAACAGCAGCAGCAGCAGAUCCUCACAACCUGCACAUCUGGCGCGACUUUCCUUUCUUGCCUUUCGUGCCGGCAUCUUCUCCUUCCUCUUACCCCUUUAACCCCCCUUCCACCCCCUCUCUUUCCCAAACCCAACAAACCCAAGCCCUCUCAGCCUUCCAAUCCACCCUCGCCCAAACCUUCCGCGCCAUCGAGCACGCGCAUGGGAAAUCCGCGCGGCAUAUUGAUGCGCAUUUCUCGGCUUUUCAAGCUCGCGUAGCUGCUGAGCGGGAGUGGGUACGGGAGAGGAUUGGGUUGUUAGGAGGGGAGGGGGAAGGGUGGAAGAAAGGGGAGGAGGCGUUGAGGGGGUUUUAUGAAGAGAAGUGGAAGAAGGAGGAGGGAGGGGAUGGGCAUGGGCAUGGGCACAGUGGUGAUGAUGGUAAGAGUGAAAGAAAGAUUGGGACAAAAGAAGAAGAAGGAAGGGAGGAUCUCAAUCUCAAUCUCAAUCUUAAUCCCGACAUCGAUCUUAAUAUCGACAUCGACAUCGACUCCUUUCUCACUUGGAAAGCUAGUAAGAAACUUGCUGCUGCUGCUGCUUCUGCUUCUGCUUCUUCCGGCUCUCGCUCUCAAUCUCUCGGCUCCAGCUCCACCUCUCGAUUCUUUGGGUUUGGGUCCGGCUUUGGUUUCGGUUCCGGCGAUGUAGAUGGUAAAGGUGGACGAAGAGAGGGACGAGGACAAGCACAAGGCCAAAAACGACGGGGUGAGAGUAAGGAUGGUGAAAGGGAUGAAGGCAAAGCAGCAGCAGACGCCGAAAAGAAACUCACUAAGCAGCUGCUCGUUCGGGGCUUGCUGCUGGCUGGGUGGAGGGAGGUGGAUGAUAGGGUUGAGGAUGGGGGUUGGGAUGAGGAUGGGAGACAGAGUAGUGGUGAUUAUAUUGAUAUUGACAUUCUCGGCUGGACGGGCCCGAGGCUAGCUGCUUGGCGAGGGGUUGAAGAGGGGUUGCGGGAGGCUUUUGUAAUGGUUAAUGGUCAAGGUUACCGAGGGCCAGUUCACUACGUGGAUUAG